AUGGCCUCAAUUCUUGGAUCGCAUAGCUCCAGAGUCCUGCUUCUGGGGAGCGGGUUCGUCGCGAAACCCUGUCUUAGUGUCUUAUCGGACUCUGAUGUCGCUGUCACUGUCGGCAAGUAUCUCAAUCCCUCGCCAGCCGGCUGGGCGUAUAUGCUAACCGUGGAUGAAAAGCUUGCCGUACUCUCAAGGCUGCCGAGGAACUAGCCAAAGGUGUCAAGCACGCAUCUGCGAUUUCUCUCGACGUUAACGAUACCGGUAACCUGGAGGAAGAAGUUGCGAAGCACGAUCUUGUUAUAAGGUGGGUUUUUUUAGGGAGUUUGGGUUUGCAUGUGCUAAUGGAUCCUUAAGCCUUAUUCCCUAUACCUACCACGCUCAGGUUAUUAAAGCUGCUAUCAAGAAAAGGAGGAAUGUUGUCACUACUUCGUAUGUGAGCCCUGCUAUGAUGGAGCUUGACCAAGCGGCCAAGGAUGCUGGUAUUACAGUCAUGAAUGAGAUUGGCCUCGACCCUGGAAUCGACCAUCUGUACGCUAUCAAGACCAUCGGAGAUAUUCACUCCAAGGGUGGCAAGAUCUUGAGCUUCCUUUCUUACUGUGGUGGGCUCCCGGCCCCCGAGGCCUCUGGAAAUCCCCUUGGCUACAAGUUCUCCUGGUCCUCUCGUGGCGUCCUACUUGCCCUACGCAACACGGCGAAGUACUACAAGGAUGGGAAGGUGGAGCCUUGCUGCAGCCAAUUAUUUCUGGAGAUGAGCUAAUUAGGAUGUUUUCAGGUCGAAGAAAUUGACGGAUCCAAGCUCAUGGAGGCAGCAAAACCGUACUUCAUCUAUCCAGGUUUUGCCUUUGUUGCGUAUCCUAACCGUGAUUCCACCACGUAUAAGGAACGCUAUGCAAUUCCCGAGGCGCAAACUAUCAUUCGUGGUACUCUCCGAUACCAGGGAUUCCCCGAGUUUGUCCGUACUCUCGUCGACACUGGAUUCCUAUCUGACGAGCCGCUUGCCUUUCUAAAGCCUUCCGAUAGCCCUCUUCCGUGGAAGACCGCUCUUGCGAAGAUUCUUGGGUCGUCUUCCGAGAAGGAAGAGGACCUCAUAUGGGCCAUUUCUUCCAAGUCCAAGUUCAAGAACAACGAGGAGAAGGAGCGUAUCAUCAAUGGCAUGAGGUGGUUGGGUAUGUUCAGUGAGGUUAAGAUCAUACCCAGGGGUAGCCCGUUGGGCACCUUAUGUGCUACUCUCGAGGAGAAGAUGCAGUACGGGCCUGGCGAGCGUGACAUGGUUAUGCUACAGCACAAGUUUGAUAUUGAACUCCCCGACGGCUAUAAGGUAGUUCACUUCUAGCAUGGUCUGGUUAAUAUAGGACUGAUACCUUGGAUCACUAGGAAACCCGUACCUCUACCCUUGUGGAAUAUGGGGAGAAGGUAGGAUUCACCUCCAUGGCCCGCCUGGUUGGUAUCCCAUGCGCCGUUGCUACUAAGUUGGUGCUCAACGGGACUAUCUCUGAUAAGGGGGUUCUCGCACCGGUCACAGCGAGACUCUGUGACCCUCUCAGGAAGGAGCUCAAGGAUGCCCAUGGGAUUGAGUGUGUUGAGGAGACCGUCGUCUAAGCGGCUUCUGUAGGGGGAUAGAGAGGGGACAAAAGAGCAUAAAUUGUUGAAAGCUUGUUAUUAGGGUCUCGUCACCUAGACCUUUCGUUCUAGAAGUCAUCUGCAUAUAGUCCGUCAGUUUUUUAAAAAUGUUUCACUUU